AUGAUGGCACCAGCCAGCGAUCAAAUCGCGGCCCAAUUUGGCAUAACCAACAGUGCCGUCAUCGCGUUGCUGACGUCCGUCUUUGUCCUAGCGUAUGCAUGUGGACCUUUAUUCCUCGGGCCAUUAAGUGAGAUCUUUGGCCGUUCGCGGGUUCUUCAGCUUGCGAAUUUAUGGUACCUCGCAUGGAAUCUGGGCUGUGGAUUUGCGCAGAAUGAAGGCCAGCUUAUCGCGUUCCGUUUCCUUGCAGGUCUUGGUGGAAGUGCACCGCUAGCAAUAGGUGGAGGCGUGAUCGGUGAUUGUUGGCGCACAGAGGAAAGAGGACAGGCGAUUGCCCUCUAUUCCCUCGCACCACUCCUUGGUCCGGUCAUUGGGCCCGCAUGCGGAGCAUGGAUUGCCGAGCGAUCGACAUGGAGAUGGGUGUUCUGGGCCACAAGUAUCGUGGAUGCAUUCAUCCAAUUUCUCGGCGUGCUGUUCCUGCGAGAGACCUUUGCGCCAUUCUUGCUGGAACAAAAGGCGAAGCGCAUUCGUAUGUCCAUGGAUCCGGAGAAAGCGCGCACCCGCCAUGUGCGUACUGCAUUCGACACCAGUGACCGACACUGGAGGUCGAUCUUCUCCAAAGCUCUUAUUCGGCCGUUCAAGUUGUUCUUCCGCGAACCCAUAAUUCAGUUGCUGGGUAUCUAUAUGGCAUUUAUAUAUGGCACGCUGUACUUAUUCCUAACGACAAUCCCCGCAAUUUUCGAGACCACGUACGGAGAAGAUGUCGGCAUCGCAGGCCUGAACUACUUCGCGCUGGGUGUGGGCUUGACAGGCGCAUCACAGGUCAACGCGCGGAUGCUCGACAAGAUCUACAAGUAUUUCCAGAAGAAGAAUGGCGGCGUCGGGAAGCCCGAGUAUCGUCUUCCGUCCAUGGUCCCGGGCACGUUCUUGCUCCCUGCCGGGUUGUUCAUCACGGGGUGGACGGCCCAAGCGAAGACGCACUGGAUUGGGCCCGACAUUGGCAUUGCACUUGUGGGCGCAGGAACGAUUCUGAACUUCCAGUGCAUACAGACAUAUGUCAUCGACGCCUUUACUCUGCACGCCGCGUCAGCGCUCGCGGCUGUUACUUUCCUGCGAUCGUGCGCAGGGUUUGGCUUCCCACUCUUUGCUCCCGCGAUGUACAAUGCAUUAGGAUAUGGCAAGGGCGACACAAUCCUCGCCGCAGUCGCCAUCGUUAUCGGGUGUCCAGCACCAUGGCUGUUCUGGCACUACGGCGAGCGAAUACGCGCCGCGAGCGCAUACGCACGAAAAUGA